GGAGAUUCAGUGAAAAUGCCAUCCGUGCCGCCUCAAAAGGUCGAGCUUCCUAAAUUUGUUGAUUCCUUAUGGUGUGUCUACAUCGUUUCAGUUUUAGCUGCCUUCAAUGCGGAAUUUGUUACAUAUCCCUUGGAUUUAAUCAAAACAAGGCUUCAAAUCCAAGGAGAACAGUCUAAAAAUGGGAAACUCGGACAGGCACCGCACAGAGGAAUGGUAAAGACGGCAAUUGGGAUCAGCAGAGAAGAGGGUCUCAGAAAAUUAUGGCAAGGUGUCCACGCAGCCUGUGUCAGACAUAUGAUAUACUCAGGAACGAGGAUUAUCACAUACAAAGCACUGAAGGAUAAUUUUGUGAAACAGCACCCAGAACAAAAGUAUUUUCCCAUCUGGCAAUCCGCGAUAUGUGGGGUCUCAGCAGGAGCAUUUGCCCAGUACCUGGCCAGCCCCACAGACCUCUUAAAAGUCCAGAUCCAGAUGGAAGGCAAAAGGAAAUUACUAGGAUUACCACCUAGAGUUAACGGUAUGUGGGAUGCCUUUAAGAAGGUUUGGACGAACGGUGGAAUCAGAGGAUUAUGGAAAGGGUCAGUUCCAAACGUACAAAGAGCAGCUUUAGUAAAUUUAGGUGAUUUGACCACUUACGACAUAGCCAAAAGACAAAUAAUGAAGCGCACUGGCCUUCCCGAUGAUUAUAUCCUCCAUAUUUUGUCAAGUAGCUGCGCAGGAUUUGUUGCAGCAUCCAUGGGUACUCCUGCGGAUGUCAUUAAGACUAGAGUGAUGAACCAACCCUUGGACGAUAGAGGAAGGUAAGGUUGUUACAGUUGUACUAGUAAUUAACAAAAUGGGUAAUCAUUGUUGAAGAAAUAUUGAUUUAAUUCAAAGUUUGCCAAAUCUGAAAACAUCUACUUA